CACCGAAAUGGGCAAGUCCUUGCAGACAAAACGUAUGUCCCCAUCACCACCAUAGCCCAGGUGAUGAUAGACAAUUUGUUGUCUAAGAAUGAUAAAAUAUAAUAGGAGAUUCCCACACUUAAUUUCUUCAUCUCGAGAGAAGCAGAAAGCUACACAGAGAGAGUCAUGGCCACAACCAGCUCCGUUGCUUCAACUCUCUCUUGCCAAAGGUUAUUGGGGAAAGUAGCUUUGGUAACAGGCGGAUCGACUGGAAUAGGAGAAAGCAUUGUCCGUCUAUUUCACAAACAUGGUGCAAAAGUCUGCUUAGUUGAUUUGGAGGACAACCUAGGGCAAAAUGUCUGCGAAUCCCUUGGUGGUGAACCAAACAUUUGCUAUUUCCACUGCGAUGUCACAGUAGAAGAUGAGGUUCAACGUGCAGUUGAGUUCACUGUUGAUAAAUUUGGAACACUGGAUAUUAUGGUCAAUAAUGCAGGUUUGUCAGGUCCACCUUGUCCAGACAUCCGGUAUACGGAAUUAUCCGACUUUCAGAAGGUAUUUGAUGUAAAUGUGAAGGGCACGUUUAUUGGAAUGAAGCACGCAGCGAGAAUUAUGAUCCCACUAAAUAAGGGUUCAAUUAUUUCUCUCUGUAGUGUGGCAAGCACCAUUGGAGGCUUAGGCCCUCAUGGAUAUACCGGGUCAAAGCAUGCAGUUUUGGGACUGACCAGAAAUGUUGCAGCUGAGCUAGGAAAACAUGGGAUACGUGUGAACUGUGUUUCUCCAUAUGCAGUUCCAACAAACUUGGCCUUGGCGCACUUGCAUGAGGAUGAGAGAACUGAGGAUGCCAUGGCAGGUUUUAAAGCAUUUGCCAGGAAGAAUGCUAAUUUACAAGGGGUAGAAUUGACAGCUGAUGAUGUUGCUAAUUCUGUUCUCUUCUUGGCGAGUGAAGAAUCAAGAUACAUUAGCGGGGAAAAUCUAAUGAUAGAUGGUGGUUUUACUACUUCAAAUCACUCGCUCAGAGUGUUCAGAUGAAGAGUACAGUUCAUGAAUUAUGUUGAGUUUCUAUAGAAAAAGAAUCUUUUCUUCUCAUUUCUGCCUGGGAAGUUCCCUGGCCACACAAGGGCAGAUAUUAUGUGAAAAAGAUUGAAUUUAUGUUUAUUAAUGUCCGAUGAAGAUUACAAUUUUUUGUAUCCUGAGAUUAUUGAUACACUUUGUUGCUAAUAUAUACAUGAGAAAGAUAAGGGUCACUUAAUCUGAUGCCCAA